AUGAUCGGCUCGCCAGAGGGGAGGGGUGGGCCGGCCCGGGGCUCCUUUUUCCUCGCCAGCGUCCCGGGGUCGGUCUCGGUGGGGCUGGGGGCGGUCGCGGGGUCCCUCUGCCCCAACUCCGCUCUCGCGGCCGCCGUGCGGCCCCCGGCCCUCGCCAACCCCUCUACGGCACGGCAGCUCCUGCGAAACUCGGACGGGGUGCUGUGGGGCAUGGCGCAGAAGUACCAGGUCCACCUGGAGGAGGCCUUCCACACGUCACGGGGGCCCAGGUGCUGCCCCGCGGUCCUGGGUCCUCUCCGCGGGAUCGUCCUGCUGGGGUGGGAUGUGGAGGAGCUUUUUCGAACGGGCAGGGUUCAUGUGGAUUCGGCGGUUCGGCAAAUGCCAUUGGAGAAGGCGUGGGACUACCUGGGGCAUCUUGACGACAAGGCCGCCCUCGUGCAGGGCCAUUAUCUGCUACGCAGUGUUUAUGAUGAAGCUAGUGGGUUUCAACAUCUUAAACGUAUAGUGGAUGACGCGCUGGACGAAAAUCAACCCAAUGGGAUUGAUGUCUUUCAACUUGUAGGAUCUGUCAAUUUCCAGCUAGCAAUAAAAGUGGUCAAUGACCUGUUGAAUACAUAA